GCAGAUGAUCUGAUAUAAUCUGUUUGGCAGUUUAAAAUAGAAUGCUUGUGUCUCACAAACCACAUACAUUUUCACCAAACAAAGCCAAUCAAGAGGAAAUGGGUAUUUAUUUAUUGAAUAAACAAUAUUUCAUAUAAUAUUCAGAAGUUGUGGUUUGCAAAACCACUUUGGGUGGACCGAAAUAUGCUGCCUCUGGCGUCGAAAAAUGGACUGUGCCCUCCUACCGACCGAUGCGAAGGGAAAACAGUGGAGAACGGCUCGAGUUGCCAGAGUUUUAAAGGCUUUUGAUUAAUUGCACCGGAGUGAAACACUUGUCAGCUUUCUGUGUUCCCCGAUAAAUUAGAGGCUCAGGAGACUUUACGCAGUCAUUCAGGUGAGGACAGUGCGUGUGCGCGGACAUAUAUCCGCACCUUUCACGCGCAGCACCACGACUGGUUAUAUAUAUUUUUGCAACGAGAAAAGGACUACUAUUUUAAACAGGAUUUUUUUGCAGAGCUUUGGAGGUUUUCAUGCCUUAAUGUGUGUUUUAUAGGACAGCACUUUUAACAAUAAUACAGGUUAAAAAGUGAUUUCAAUGGUUGGAAGACAGUCGAUUCGUAUGGAUGGCAUUGGUUCUGUGACAGUUAUGGAUGACAGUCCCGCAUCAAGCCCUAACUCGAGCCCCAGUCCUGACACGCUCUCAGCGGACAGCCGGCGCGCAGAGGCCCUAUCCCGCUCCAGGGUGGUCCCGUCUAGUGGCCUCGGUGGCAGAGGGAGACCCGCGGCAGCCAACGCAGCGCGCGAAAGGAGUCGCGUCCAGACGCUCAGACAUGCGUUCCUCGAGCUACAGAGAACACUGCCGUCGGUGCCACCGGACACCAAACUCUCCAAACUCGACGUCUUGAUAUUGGCAACUACAUACAUAGCGCAUUUAACAAGAACCUUGCAAGAAGAAGGGGUGGAAGAGGACAAGACAAAACAAACUGAAGCUUUGAACUCACUUAAGGGAGAUGGCUACUUACAUCCUGUGAAAAAAUGGCCGAUGCGUUCAAGAUUAUAUGUCGGUGCCACUGGACAGUUCCUGGGUAACUCAAAUGAAAAUCAAGGGGCAUCUUCAUCAACAUCUCAAACAUAGAUCGUUUGCACAUAAGACUUUUGGAGGUAAUGAAGAAUGAAGGUUAAACAAUUAAAGUUUUUUUUAUUAUUAUUAUUAUAAAUUUUGUUGCAGUCUGUAAAAUUUAACAUGGUUGUUUUUCGCGGCAAAUGAACCAUUUGCAAAUUCAUUGAAAUGAUGAUUAUUGUGCCAUGCAAACAACUGAGUAUUGUGCAUAUUAAUAUAUCCUAAUUAUUUCCAAUAUGUAAAUAAGAUUAAAAUAUUAAACAAAUUGUGCUCUUGGGUUUCUGCUCAGAAUUCUGUUUCUGCAAUUCUAUACGUGUAACUCUGUCUGAAAUUCGUGUGUGGGGUUAAUGAGCUGUUAUGCUUGAGCUGUCGGCUAUGCACUUUCUGUUACAACAUUUGCACUAAAUGCAUGUGUGAAUAACCUAACAUUCGUCAUGUGAAGUGGUCUGUCAGAAUCGCAACAAUAGCAACAUCAUCCCCUUUUCUCCUACCUUCCCUCCUUCAUCUUUUUCAUGUGAAUAGCACAUGUGGAAUAGUGAA